AUGACUGAUAAUAAUUUAUUUCAGCUGGCUCAAGUGGUGACUGAACACCAUCCACUUCAUUGCUUACCAGAACAUGAGCCAUCUCAUCGUCCUUUGUCAACUAGAAAGAAUGCAUGUAUUAUUUGUGCUGUAUGCUUUACUUGUUCAGGUUAUUAUGGUAGCAACUGUCAAUGCUCAGAAACACAACCACGUCGUGGCAAGAACUUACCUGAAGGAGGGCUUGAUUCAAGGGCAAAGAAACUAUCGCCCUUGGAUAGAGAUGAUUAUGAAUUCACACUCAAAUGGCUAGAUGAAUUUGGACACAGUAUCUACAGAGAUAAAAAUCAACGCAUUGUCGGAUUAACAAACCUGACAGAAGUAUCACUUUGCAAGGCACACUCAAGCACUCUUUAUCGUGCCAAAAAGAGGCAUCAACGCGUACAACAACACGCACCUCCUUCACCUGCUGAUUCGAAUAUAACAAUGGAAGAUAUGAUUCGGCAUCGUUCUUCUUCUGUAGAUUCUUAUCCAUUGCUUCCACAACCCACAGGUAUGCUGGGAGGCGGUAUGCUUGCAGCCAAAGUGCGUGAAUUGUCUUUCCAGCCUGUCAAGGAAUCGCCUGACUUGUCUAUGAUGACUACUUCUACUUCACAUAAAAGAAAGCGUGCAUCUACCAUCUCUAGACCCAAUUCAAGUGCUUCUACACCUUUAUUAUAUUCAAAUCAUCCAAUGCAUUCUUCUCCACCACCAUUACCACCACCACCACCACCACCACCUCAUCAUCAUCAUCAUUUUAAUGCACGCUCUAGUUUCUCAUCUCAAUUACCACCACUUCAUUUACGUACACCUUCGCUUUCUUCAUUAUCUUCUAAUCUUCACCAUUUGCAUGUAUCACCUUCAUUUACAAAAGUAAUAGAGACAGUAUCACUAAAGAGUUCACCUUCCCUUAAAUCAUUACACUAUGACGAUGUUUAUUUUGUCAGAAACUUGGCUAUCACUGACUCAUACACAUUUCGCGAUUUACUGUCAGAAAUCGAUUUUGCAGGAUCACCACCACCUGGAAAACGACUUGUGAUUUCAGAUAUCAGGCGAGAAAAGAUAUUUCCCCUUGAUCAAGCCAUUCGAAAUGUGAUUCGAUACCCAAAGGAGACUCAUAUUGAAUUCUAUUUAGGGCUUUCUGAAAAAGCGUCUAUUAAUUGGGAUCAUUACAUCUAA